AUGCUCCGGCUGUGGCUGCUACUGUCCUGCUGCGGAGCCCUGCUCAGCGCUGGUCUGGCCAACACCCCCUACACCAGCCCAGGCCUCCAGAGGCUGAAGGACUCUCCACAGACAGCCCCGGACAAAGGCCAGUGCUCCACGUGGGGGGCUGGUCACUUCUCCACCUUCGACCACCAUGUGUACGACUUCUCGGGGACGUGCAACUACAUCUUCGCGGCCACCUGCAAGGAUGCCUUCCCCACCUUCAGUGUCCAGCUGCGGCGAGGCCCAGACGGGAGCAUCUCACGGAUCAUCGUGGAGCUGGGGGCCUCCGUCGUCACUGUGAGCGAAGCCACCAUCUCAGUCAAGGACAUCGGGGUCAUCAGCCUGCCCUAUACCAGCAAUGGACUCCAGAUCACACCCUUCGGCCAGAGCGUGCGGCUGGUGGCCAAGCAGCUGGAGCUGGAGCUGGAAGUUGUGUGGGGUCCUGACAGCCACCUCAUGGUUCUGGUGGAGCGGAAGUACGUGGGUCAGAUGUGCGGGCUCUGCGGGAACUUUGACGGGAAGGUGACCAACGAGUUUGUCAGUGAGGAGGGCAAGUUCCUGGAACCCCACAAGUUCGCUGCCCUCCAGAAGCUGGACGACCCUGGCGAGAUCUGCACCUUCGAGGACAUCCCCAGCACCCACGUCCGGCAGGCCCAGCACGCCCAGAUCUGCACCCAGCUGCUGACCCUGGUGGCCCCUGAGUGCAGCGUGUCCAAGGAACCCUUCGUGCUAAGCUGCCAGGCGGACGUGGCCACAGCCACCCAGCCAGGCCCUCAGAACAGCAGCUGCGCCACCCUGUCCGAGUACUCCCGCCGGUGCAGCAUGGUGGGCCAACCCGUCCGCCGCUGGCGGGGCCCUGGCCUGUGCUCCGUGGGUCAGUGCCCGGCCAACCAGGUGUACCAGGAGUGCGGCUCGGCCUGCGUGAAGACCUGCUCCAACCCACAGCACAGCUGCUCCAGCUCCUGCACCUUCGGGUGCUUCUGCCCGGAAGGUACGGUCCUGAAUGACCUCUCCAAUAACCACACCUGCGUGCCCGUCACCCAGUGCCCCUGUGUGCUCAACGGCGCCAUGUAUGCCCCCGGGGAGGUCACAAUAGCCGCCUGCCAAACCUGCCGGUGCACCCUGGGCCGCUGGGCGUGCACGGAGCGGCCGUGCCCCGGCCACUGCUCCCUGGAAGGUGGCUCCUUUAUCACCACGUUCGACGCCAGGCCCUACCGCUUCCACGGCAGCUGCACCUACAUCCUCCUCCAGAGCCCCCAGCUUCCCGAGGAUGGUGCCCUCAUGGCUGUGUAUGACAAGUCCGGCUUCUCACACUCCGAGACCUCCCUGGUAGCUGUUGUCUACCUCUCCAGGCAGGACAAAAUCGUGAUCUCUCAGGACGAGGUGGUCACCAACAACGGAGAAGCCAAGUGGCUGCCGUACAAGACUCGCAACAUCACGGUCUUCAGGCAGACGUCCACCCACCUCCAGAUGGCCACCAGCUUCGGGCUGGAGCUCGUGGUCCAGCUGCGCCCCAUCUUCCAGGCCUACGUCACUGUUGGGCCCCAGUUCAGAGGUCACACCAGAGGGCUCUGCGGCAACUUCAACGGGGACACGACGGAUGACUUCACCACCAGCGUGGGUAUCGCCGAGGGCACCGCCUCGCUGUUUGUGGACUCCUGGCGGGCGGGGAACUGUCCGGCCGCUCUGGAGCGUGAGACUGACCCCUGCUCCAUGAGCCAGCUCAACAAGGUGUGUGCGGAGACCCACUGCUCCGUGCUGCUGAGGACAGGCACGGUGUUUGAGAGGUGCCACGCCACAGUGAACCCUGCGCCCUUCUACAAGAGGUGCGUGUACCAGGCCUGCAACUAUGAAGAGACAUUUCCCCACAUCUGCGCCGCCCUGGGCGACUACGUACACGCCUGCUCCUCGCGGGGCGUCCUGCUCUGGGGCUGGAGAAGCAGUGUGGACAACUGCACCAUCCCCUGCACGGGUAACACCACCUUCAGCUACAACAGCCAAGCCUGUGAGCGCACCUGCCUGUCGCUGUCGGACCGUGCCACCGAGUGCCACCACAGCACAGUGCCCGUGGACGGUUGCAACUGCCCCGAUGGCACCUACCUGAACCACAAAGGCCAGUGUGUACGCAAGGCCCAGUGCCCGUGCACACUGGAGGGUUACAAGUUCAUCCUGGCCGAGCAGUCCACCGUCAUCAAUGGUGUCACCUGCCACUGCAUCAACGGGCGGCUGAGUUGCCCGCAGCGGCCACAGAUGUUCCUGGCCUCCUGCCAGGCCCCUAAGACUUUCAAGUCCUGCAGCCAGUCCUCCGAGAACAAGUUUGGGGCGGCCUGUGCCCCCACAUGCCAGAUGCUGGCCACCGGUGUUGCCUGCGUGCCCACCAAGUGUGAGCCUGGCUGUGUCUGCGCCGAGGGCCUCUACGAGAAUGCCGACGGGCAGUGUGUGCCCCCUGAGGAGUGCCCGUGUGAGUUCUCAGGGGUCUCCUACCCUGGAGGAGCUGAGCUCCACACUGACUGCAGAACCUGCACCUGCUCGAGGGGGAGGUGGGCCUGCCAGCAGGGCACCCACUGCCCGUCCACCUGCACCCUCUACGGGGAGGGCCACGUCAUCACUUUCGACGGCCAGCGCUUCGUAUUCGACGGUAACUGCGAGUACAUCCUGGCCACGGACGGCUGUGGUGUCAACGAUUCACAGCCCACCUUCAAGAUCCUGACAGAGAACGUCAUCUGUGGGAACUCCGGGGUCACAUGCUCACGGGCCGUCAAGAUCUUCCUGGGGGGCCUGUCCGUGGUGCUGGCGGACAGAAACUACACGGUAACCGGGGAGGAGCCCCACGUGCAGCUCGGGGUGACGCCAGGUGCGCUGAGCCUUGUUGUGGACAUGAGCGUCCCCGGGAGUUACAACCUGACGCUAAUCUGGAACAGGCACAUGACCGUCCUCAUCAGGAUCGCCCGUGCCUCCCAGGAUCCCCUCUGCGGCUUGUGUGGCAACUUCAAUGGGAACAUGAAGGACGACUUCGAGACGCGCAGCAGGUAUGUGGCGUCCAGCGAGCUGGAGUUCGUGAACUCGUGGAAGGAGAGCCCGCUGUGCGGGGACAUGAGCUUCGUGGCGGACCCCUGCAGUCUCAAUGCCUUCCGGCGCUCCUGGGCCGAGCGCAAGUGCAGCAUCAUCAACAGCCAGACCUUUGCCGCCUGCCACAGCAAGGUAUACCACCUGCCCUACUACGAGGCCUGCGUGCGCGACGCAUGUGGGUGUGACAGUGGCGGGGACUGUGAGUGUCUGUGCGAUGCCGUGGCUGCCUACGCCCAAGCCUGUCUGGACAAGGGUGUGUGCGUGGACUGGAGGACCCCAGCCUUCUGCCCCAUCUACUGCGGCUUCUACAACACGCACACGCAGGACGGCCAUGGCAAGUACCAGUACACACAGGAGGUCAACUGCACGUGGCACUACCAGCCCUGCCUCUGCCCCAGCCAGCCACAGAGCGUCCCAGGCAGCAACAUCGAAGGCUGCUACAACUGCUCCCAGGAUGAGUACUUCGACCACGAGGAGGGGGUGUGCAUGCCCUGCACGCCGCCCACCACGCCGCAGCCGCCCACCACGCCGCAGCCGCCCACCACAGGCUCACGGCCCACACAAGUCUGGCCCACGACGGGAACCUCCACCACCAUCGGGCUUCUCAGCUCCACCAGACCCUCACCCAGCUCUAAUCGCACCCCGGCCAGCCCCACCCAGACACCCCUCCUUCCAGCCACGCUCACAUCCUCCAAGCCCACAGCCUCCUCGGGAGAACCACCUAGACCAACCACGGCCGUCACCCCACAAGCCACAUCAGGACUGCCUCCCACAGCCACACUGAGAUCGACAGCCACAAAACCCACAGUGACCCAGGCCACAACCAGAGCCACGGCAUCGACCGCCAGCCCAGCCACGACGUCCACAGCUCAGUCCACAACACGGACCACGGUGACAUUACCAACCCCAGCCACAUCAGGGACAAGCCCCACGCUGCCAAAAUCGACCAACCAGGAACUGCCAGGAACAACGGCCACCCAGACGACAGGCCCACGUCCAACCCCAGCAAGCACCACAGGCCCAACCACCCCACAGCCAGGACAACCCACGAGGCCCACAGCCACAGAGACGACUCAUACAAGAACGACUACUGAAUACACAACGCCCCAAACCCCACACACCACACACUCCCCACCUACGAAGGGGAGUCCUGUCGCUUCCACAGGUCCUAUGACUGCAACAUCCUUCCAGACCACCACUACCUAUCCAACCCCAUCACACCUUCAGACCACACUUCCCACUCACGUUCCACCUUUCUCCACCUCCUUGGUGACUCCAAGUACUCACACAGUCAUCACUCCUACCCACGCACAGAUGUCCACUUCUGCCUCCAACCACUCAACGCCAACAGGUACCGUUCCUCCACCGACAACGCUCAAGGCCACAGGGUCCACCCACACAGCCCCACCAAUGACGCCGACCACCACCGGGACGAGCCAAGCCCCGAGCUCAGUCAGCACAGCCAAAACCUCUACAUCCUUACAUUCACAUACUUCCUCCACACACCAUCCUGAAGUCACCCCAACUACCACCACCACCAUCACCCCCAACCCCACCAGUACAGCCACCAGAACCCCUGUGGCCCACACCACCUCGGCCACCAGCAGCAGGCUACCCACACCCUUCACCACACACUCCCCACCUACAGGGAGCAGUCCCAUCUCUUCCUCAGGUCCUGUCACUGCAACAUCCUUCCAGACCACCACGACCUAUCCAACCCCAUCACACCUUCAGACCACACUUCUCACUCACAUUCCACCUUUCUCCACCUCCUUGGUGACUCCAACUACUCACACAGUCAUCACUCCUACCCACGCACAGAUGUCCACUUCUGGCUCCAUCCACUCAACGCCAACAGGCACCAUUCCUCCACCGACAACGCUCAAGGCCACAGGGUCCACCCACACAGCCCCACCGAUGACGCCUACCACCAGUGGGACCAGCCAAGCCCCGAGCUCAUUCAGCACGGCCAAAACCUCUACAUCCUUACAUUCACACACUUCCUCCACACACCAUCCUGAAGUCACCCCAACUUCUACCACCAACAUCACCCCCAACCCCACCAGUACAGGAACCGCCCCACCGACGACGCUGACCACCAGUGGGACCAGCCAAGCCCCAAGCUCAUUCAGCACAGCCAAAACCUCUACCUCCUUACAUUCACACACUUCCUCCACACACCAUCCUGAAGUCACCCCAACUUCUACCACCGUCACCCCCAAUCCCACCAGUACAGGAACCGGCACCCCUGUGGCCCACACCACCUCAGCCACCAGCAGCAGGCUACCCACACCCUUCACCACACACUCCCCACCUACAGGGAGCAGUCCCAUCUCUUACACAGGUCCUGUCACUGCAACAUCCUUCCAGACCACCACGACCUAUCCAACCCCAUCACACCCUCAGACCACACUUCCCACUCACGUUCCAUCUUUCUCCACCUCCUUGGUGACUCCAAGUACUCACACAGUCAUCACCCCUACCCACGCACAGAUGUCCACUUCUGCCUCCAUCCACUCAACGCCAACAGGCACCACUCCUCCACCGACAACGCUCAAGGCCACAGGGUCCACCCACACAGCCCCACCGAUGACGCCGACCACCAGUGGGACCAGCCAAGCCCCGAGCUCAUUCAGCUCGGCCAAAAUCUCUACAUCCUUACAUUCACACACUUCCUCCACAUACCAUCCUGAAGUCACCCCAACUUCUACCACCAACAUCACCCCCAAUCCCACCAGUACAGGAACUGGCACCCCUGUGGCCCACACCAUGUCAGCCACCAGCAGCAGGCUACCCACACCCUUCACCACACACUCCCCACCUACAGGGAGCAGUCCCUUCUCUUCCACAGGUACUAUGACUGCGACAUCCUUCCAGACCACCACGACCUAUCCAACCCCAUCACACCCUCAGACCACACUUCCCACUCACGUUCCACCUUUCUCUACCUCCUUGGUGACUCCAAGUACUCACACAGUCAUCACCCCUACCCACGCACAGAUGUCCACUUCUGCCUCCAUCCACUCAACGCCAACAGGUACCGUUCCUCCACCGACAACGCUCAAGGCCACAGGGUCCACCCACACAGCCCCACCAAUGACGCCGACCACUAGUGCGACCAGCCAAGCCCCGACCUCAGUCAGCACAGCCAAAAUCUCUACAUCCUUACAUUCACCCACUUCCUCCACACACCAUCCUGAAGUCACCCCAACUUCUACCACCAACAUCAUACCCAAACCCACCAGUACAGCCACCAGAACCCCCGUGGCCCACACCACCUCGGCCACCAGCAGCAGGCUACCCACACCCUUCACCACACACUCCCCACCUACAGGGAGCAGUCCCAUCUCUUCCACAGGUCCUGUCACUGCAACAUCCUUCCAGACCACCACGACCUAUCCAACCCCAUCACACCUUCAGACCACACUUCCCACUCACAUUCCAUCUUUCUUCACCUCCUUGGUGACUCCAACUAUUCACACAGUCAUCACCCGUAGCCACGCACAGAUGUCCACUUCUGCCUCCACCCACUCAACGCCAACAGGUACCAUUCCUCCACCGACAACGCUCAAGGCCACAGCAUCCACCCAUACAGCCCCACCAAUGACGCCGACCACCAGUGGGACCAGCCAAGCCCCGAGCUCAUUCAGCACGGCCAAAACCUCUACAUCCUUACAUUCACACACUUCCUCCACACACCAUCCUGAAGUCACCCCAACUUCUACCACCACCAUCACCACCCAUCCCACCAGUACAGGAACAGGAACACCCGUGGCCCACACCACCUUGGCUACCAGCAGCAGGCUACCCACACCCUUCACCACACACUCCCCACCUACAGGGAGCAGUCCCAUCUCUUACACAGGUCCUGUCACUGCAACAUCCUUCCAGACCACCCCGACCUAUCCAACCCUAUCACACCCUCAGACCACACUUCCCACUCACCUUCCACCUUUCUCCACCUCCUUGGUGACUCCAAGUACUCACACAGUCAUCACCCGUACCCACGCACAGAUGUCCACUUCUGCCUCCAUCCACUCAACGCCAACAGGUACCGUUCCUCCACCGACAACGCUCAAGGCCACAGGGUCCACCCACACAGCCCCACCAAUGACGCCAACCACCAGUGGGACCAGCCAAACCCACAGCUCAUUCAACACAGCUAUGGCCUCUUCUUCCUUCAUAUCCUCCUCGUCUUGGCUGCCUCAGAACUCUAGCUCAAGGCCACCGUCAUCACCUAUCACCACACAACUCCCCCACUUGAGUUCUGCAACCACUCCUGUUUCCACAACUAAUCAGCUGUCCUCCUCAUUUUCUCCCAGUCCUUCUGCUCCCUCUUCUGUUUCUUCUUAUGUGCCCUCCUCCCACUCCUCUCCCCAGACUUCAUCUUCUUCUGCUGGCACAUCUUCCUCUGUCGUGUCCGCCCCCGUGCACUCCACAACCUUGAGCUCGGGCUCACACUCCUCAUUGUUCACUCAUCCCACGACUGCAUCAGUGUCUGCAUCUCCUCUUUUUCCUUCUUCUCCAGCUGCCUCUACUACCAUUAGGGCCACUCUCCCCCACACUAUCUCCUCUCCUUUCACCCUCUCUGCUCUACUCCCCAUAUCCACUCUUACCGUGUCUCCCACCCCAUCCAGCCACCUAGCCUCCAGCACCACUGCAUUUCCGUCCACGCCCAGGACCACGGCCAGCACCCACACCGCCCUUGCCUUCUCCUCUCAGUCCACCACCUCGCGGUCCACUUCUCUCACCACCCGAGUUCCCACAUCAGACAGCUUUGUGUCACUCACCUCGGAGGUGACGGGUAUUCCCAGCUCUCCAGUCACCAACCUUACCACCAGGCACCCUGGUCCCACCUCGUCGCCUACCACGCGGUUCCUGACCAGCUCCCUCACUGCGCAUGGAAGCACCCCUGCUUCUGCCCCGGUAUCUUCUCUCGGGACACCUACGCCCACCUCACCCGGGGUCUGCAGCGUGCGGGAGCAGCAGGAGGAGAUCACAUUCAAGGGGUGCAUGGCGAACGUGACGGUAACCCGCUGUGAGGGCGCCUGCAUUUCCGCUGCCAGCUUCAACAUCAUCACCCAGCAGGUGGACGCCCGCUGCAGCUGCUGCCGCCCCCUCCACUCCUAUGAGCAGCAGCUGGAGCUGCCCUGCCCAGACCCCAGCACGCCUGGCCAGCGGCUCAUACUCACCCUGCAGGUGUUCAGCCACUGCGUGUGCAGCUCUGUGGCCUGUGGAGACUAGCAGGGUCGCUUCCUGCUCUCCUGGGGCUGAAGGACUGCAGAUGACAGACAGGAAAACACCCACCAGCCCCCUUCCCGCUUAUGCCGGCAGCUGCUUUCCUGGUCACCAGGCCUGGCCCCCAAGUGCCCUGGGCCGUGGCUCACCUGGGGUACCAGUGGGAGAGAGGCUGCCAAGCAGAGGCUCAGACCACCACACUCCUGCAGACCCUGAGCCAGCAGAGAGGGACUGCAGCGGGCAGUGGCCACAGACCCUCCCAGGCACACAGGGCACUCCCGACCACCCCUGCCCACCGUCCAACACCUCCUAGCCCCUGAACUUGGCCCCAGCCCUGCCGGGCCCAGAACCCUGCAGAUGAGGUCACAGAGCAGGCGCUCGACCAGACCCAUCAGGGGCGAGGAGGGCACAGAAACCUGUGCCGAGAUGGGGGCAAAAGGCCCAGGCAGCCACCGGCACAGAGAAGAGGAGCUCCCCAGAGUCAGGGAGGGCAGAGGGUGGCAGUGAGGGCAGGGCAGCCGCCCCCACUCCCAGCCAGGCAGAAGGCCCCCGCCAGCACCACACCCAUCCCCAGCAGCUUGUCCUUGGGAGAGAGUGUCACCCGGCCAGAGACUCCAAAUAAACUGGUUCUUGUCAAGGCACAGAGGCUGGUCCCUGAGCACUGCUUUUGCCUCUCCCCAGCCCCUUAGUAGGCACCUGACCCACACCUGCACCCUGCGGGCCCCUGGGAUCUGCGAUUGGGUGGGGCUGCCCCCAGCAGGGUCUGGGCUGGUAAGAGAAGCUGCCUCUGGCCUUGGGCCCCUGCCCUCCCUCCGCUAGGACUGU